AACUCGCUGUAACAUGCACAGGUGUUUCUCUGUGCUAAAUUACACUUUGCUAUUUGAUUAUACAACAGCUCUUUUUAUUAUUUAAUCUGUUGUUUACUCUGUUUACUCUGUUGUUUGUUAUUUAGAUUUUAAUGGGUUAGACACAGCAAAGAGUGCGCGAGAAAUCCGCUCUCCUCUUGAGAUAGCCCCCGAACGCCUAUAAACCCACAGCACACAACCAGAUGCAAUUCAAGUCCAAUUGUAAAAGAUGUUUCAUUUUCUAUUAAAGGUUUGACCAUAUGUGUAGUUACUGCGUUCGACAGUUUUUUUUAGGGUUUAUUUGGAGCACACUCUGCACGUGCAUAUAUAAACUGUGUGUAACAGUCAAGGUUCGCAUUUCUGAGUCCUGCUAAACCCAGUUUGUGUGAUUGCAUUUCAGGUUCAGGGUCUCCUGGUUGCUAACAAGCUCAGCUCUCUACGUCUGCCUCGGCUGUACAGCACUGAGCUCAUUUUGCUAAUUGAAUUCAUUUUUUUUUUGAAACGCAUCAAUUAUUAAAGUUAUUUUCGAGAGGUUUUCUUUUUUAAAAUGCUCUUGUAAUGCAUUCAGGGCAGCGGCUUCCAACCCAAACAGCUCCAGGAAAUGAACAUACGUGGCUUGGAGGGGGGGAUGCUAAUUUACUGUGGGAAACUUUUACAAGGGUAAAGCUGUUGGGUCCUGCACUCAGCUAAUUAGUGCACGUGCUAAUUACAACUGCACCGCUGAUUACGCAUUUCCAUGUUUGUUACUUAAGGGAGUGCCACGAUUUCUAUGCAAAUCUAGUCUGGUCAAGUCCGAUACGCAUGCCAAUUAAAAGAUAUAACUUUUUUUUUAAACAACACUGUGGACCCUAUAUAAUAUAUACGAUAAAGACAAUAAGGGAAUACGGUGAACGUAAUAGUGCAAAAAAUGCCAACUUAGUUGAAGGCUGGUACAGUUACAUCACCGUUCUCAGUCAUCCCUUGCUAGUUACAUAACGCUACAGUGAUUUCAUCCUCCUCUUGGCUUUGCACUUGCUUUAAAAAGGGACCCUGUUCCUUUAAAACCUCACUAUAACGCCGUCGCGAAGACGUGAAUUCUCUCCUGGCUGCCCGCUAGCUCCCUGCCUGCUCCAAUGGGAGGGAAGGAGAGCAAGAUGCUCACGUGCGGACACAGUUCCAGGGCAGCGGGGCUCACAGACCAGCAAUAACACCAUGAUGACAUCAUCCCAGCUUGGGGGGGCUGAGACACAGCUGGGAGGGGGCAGGACGGAGAGAGCAGAGCUAAUAGAGAGAGAGUGGGAGAAUAGGAGCAGACAGCCAGAGAGAGACGGUCAGAGGAGGGGAGAGAGAGAGAGCAGUCCGGGAGCAGAGGCCUUUUUGGGUUCUUUUUUUUUCCUCCAGACCGUCCCGGGCAUGCUACUUAAGCCCAAGUAUGGCCGCUUCCGCAACGACUCUGUGACCUCCUCCGAUGACCUGAUGCAGAGCCUAGCCAUGAGCGGCAAAGUGGUAGCCACGCCGGUCCCUUCUGCAUCCCCGUCAGCCCGCCCGCCCCCACCCCCUCCUCUGCCCCCGCCGGAGCGCCCCUCCUGCCCCCCGGCUGAGCCCCCCUGCCCGGAGAGCGAACAGGACGCCGCCACCACCUUCUGCAUGCUCAUCCCCAGGAUUCCUCAGUGGAAGUUCUCCAACGCCUCGUCCUUCCUCAGCAGGAGCCCCUCAAGCAGCUCCAGCAGCAGCAGCAAGGACCUAGGGGGGAAAAUGGUGGGGCCGGGGGCCAACGGCGCAGCGACUGGCCCCGUGGCUAGCCUGGCAGCCGUGCUGAACUCUUGCGACCCGAUCUGUGUCACCCCUUGUUCUUUGCAGGCGAUGCACAGGCUGAGGGGCGGUGGAGCUGGGGCUGGGGGUCCCAGCGGCAGUGCCGGGAGUCCAGGGGCCCAAGCCUUGGAUUCAGGAGUCUCAGGAGCCACGGGAGCCACGGGAGCCACGGGAGUCCCUGGAUCCAGCAGGAGGGGACGGGUGGCGGGGAUGAGGCUGGCCAGCGAAGGGGUUACUCAGAAGGGCAGCUUCAUUAACAAGCCGACCCAGGGCUGGCUGCACCCAGAUAAGAAGAUUAUGGGACCAGGGGCUGCCUACAUUGUCAGGUACAUGGGUUGCAUCGAGGUGCUGAAAUCGAUGAGAUCCCUGGACUUCAACACUCGGACCCAGGUGACAAGGGAGGCGAUUAACAGAUUAUAUGAAGCAGUACCUGGCGUGAAAGGAGUGUGGAAGAAGAAGGCCGCCAACAAAGCCCUGCUGCAGAUCAUGGGGAAGAGUAACCUGCGCUUUGCCGGGAUGACCAUCGCGGUCAACAUUUCCAUCGACGGGCUGAACCUGAUGAUGCCAACGACGCGGCAGGUCAUCGCCAAUCACCCCAUGCAGUCCAUCUCGUUUGCGUCGGGGGGAGACACGGACACUCCAGACUACGUGGCGUACGUGGCUAAGGACCCCGUCAACCAAAGAGCUUGCCACAUACUGGAGUGCUGUGACGGCUUGGCUCAGAGUAUCAUCAGUACGAUAGGACAGGCCUUCGAGCUGCAGUUCAAACAGUACCUCCACAGCCCUCCCAAAGCCAUCUCAGCACCCGACCGAAUUAUAGGGGUGGAGGAGUCGGCGUGGGGAGACGAUGAAGACUCUUCUGAGCACGAUUACUACAACAGCAUCCCAGGGAAGGAGCCUCCUGUGGGGGGGCUGGUAGACUCCAGGCUCAGGCCUGGUGCGGCCCUGCUAGGCCACGUUCACCCCCAGCCGUGCCGUGGCAACAGAACCCCGCAGUUCGGCUCGCCUGUCAGAAGAGCGGGGUGCCAGAACUCGGGACCCCCCUGCUACGAGACGCACUGGGAGACGGACAGUCAGAGCAGCUCCGUUCAACUGCUUCCAGUUUCCUGCCCAGGCCUGACCAGCGACGGUUACCUGUGUGCGGACGGGCGCCCUCCUGGUUGCCGUGACUACGAGGACCACCUGUACGUGAACACGCAGAGUCUGGAGAACUGGGAGCCGGGGAGCGAGGGGGCGCAGGAGAGCCCCAAGAAAGACCUCUUUGACAUGAGGCCGUUCGAGGAUGCGCUGAAGCUGCACGAAGCUGGGGGGGAGAGCCCCGCUCUGGAGGAUGCGUGGCCCAGCCCGCCACGCCGGCGCGCCCCCAUUGCUCCCACGGAGGAGCAGCUGCGCCACGAGCCCUGGUACCACGGACGCAUGAGCCGACGCGACGCCGAGAAGCUGCUAGCCAUGGACGGGGACUUCCUGGUGCGGGACAGCGUGACGAACCCGGGGCAGUACGUGCUGACGGGCAUGCACAGCGGGCUGCCCAAACACCUGCUGCUGGUGGACCCCGAGGGCGUGGUGCGUACAAAGGACGUCCUGUUCGAUAGCAUCAGUCACCUGAUCAGCUACCACCUGCAGGACGGGCUGCCCAUCGUGGCUGCGGAGAGCGAGCUGCACCUGAAGCAGGUGGUCCGGAGGAAGCAGUGACGGCCGCUAUAAGUCUGCAGGACUGCUCUCCGGAAUGGCUUUGGAUUCCAGAGAGAGAGAGAGAGACGCGCAGCACAGGCCAGACUGAAACUCUGUUUCCUAUAACCAUGGGGAUUUUCCAACCAAGGACUAAACACUGAGAUUGCAAAAAAAAAAAAAAAAACUGUUAAGGCAUGCUGGUAGCACACCGUCCUUAAACCAUGUCCUGUCUGUGUGCUUGAAGGAAUAAAAGACUGAACAAGACACUGGGGGAACGGACGAGGCUUCUACGAGAGCACAAGCAGACAGGAGGUUGACACGGCCGCCCCAGACUCUUUCUGCACCCGGGGGGGAGGACGUUUAACACACUGAAGCACUACUGUACAAAACCACAGCGAUUCUUUCCAUUAUGUAAGCGGGGGUAGCACUGAAGUGAUUUUAGGAGCUCCAGAUUCAUCAAGAGCACAUUAAAACACACACGCAGCUCCAUCAGUAUAUAUAUGAUACCGUCUCUCUUUACACAAGCUCGGGUUACAAAAAGAAUGCUGCUUGAUCUUCCACGUAAUAAACCAUACAUUCCAAUAGCAUUCUGAACUGCUAACAAAAUCAUUUUAGUUCCCCUCUGCCCGUGCAAGGAGACCUGAACCACGUUAGCCAGUGUUACUGCAGUGCUGCUAGAGGAUUGUACCACGCUGCUGUCAGAAUCACCCUGAGAAGCAUGAUCAUAAUGAAUCUGCCUCCACGGUGCUGAGAAUGGACUGUUCUGCACUGUGCCGAGUCCUUUGUAAAGUUUUGAAGAUGUUCUCAUGAGUUCUUGUAAAUGCUGUUCUUUUCAAUCAGGACUUUUGAAAUAAAAUAAGAAGUUAAAAGAGAGAAAGGAAGUUUGACGGGAAGGUGGGUGUGGCUCCCUGCGAUUGCAACGUGAAACCUUCUUUUAUUUGAAAUGGGAUUCAGAUGUGUUUUUUUGUUUUUGUAUGUGUAUAAGUUUUUUCCUCAUCAUCUCACAGUAAUUCCGUGUGUCUCUUUCAGUUCAUCAGUAAUCACCCUUUAUUUUAAUCAGUUGGCUCACUGCUUCAAACUGCUGAUGCUGUUUUUUAUAUUGUAUUUGUUUAUUUUUUUAUACCACAACCAUCCAAAAUCACAACCUUGGGUACAUUUUACAGUAUUUUCAAAUCUAACAACAUGAUUCUCUUUGUCUAGUAAGUCCUCUUGUAACUACAGUCAACCCCUGAUCUCAGCACCUAUAUAUAAUUCCCCUUUCGCCUGGUCAUUUAAAAUACACCCACAAGAGCUCAAGAAACCCAA